UGAUAAACAAGACGAGACAUUCAAUUUAAUAGGUACCACGCAGAGCAUUCACGGUCUUGAUUGAAUUCUCUCUCCUGUUGCUGUCUAUUCUCCGCGGAAUAUACGACGUGUCCUAGUCAUCCAUCUCUUCACUCGGUCGUUGCUCUUCGAUCCCAUACUGAUUGUCUUCUUCCACCGUACUUGUACUCGUACCGCACUUUCUUUUUCUUCAUCCCAACUCCGACUCCAACUCGCCGACGAUAAUGAGAUAAGCCUUCCGUCAAGCUCUGUCGGGUCCCACAACAGCACCAGCACCUCCUUCUACACCUCCAUCUACUUCUGUACUUCUUCACCUGCUACUGUCCCUACAACUGACACACACGCUUCUCUUUCUCUCUCUCGCUCAGCCCCAUCAUCAAUCGCAAAUAUCAACACCAAUAUGUCUUCUCCCGGUCGAGGGCAAUCGCCGCGUCCCAAACCCGUCCCAAUAAAUUCUGGUAGUCCUUCCGAGUCUUUUCGUGCCGGUAGUCCAGCCCCAAGAGCCGUCUCAACCGCACGAUUAGCUGCCUCUCCAGUCCCUUCGCAUAUGGGAACGCCUCAGAUCCGGCAGAUACCUACACCAAGUCAAAAUGCUCAAUCAGACUCCGAGUCACAACGAAUACCCUCGGAAGGGCUGACUCCUCUCGCAGGAGCAGCACCCCACUCAUCGACCCCAGGUCCCGGCAUAUCAGCACUCGCGGCGGCGUUAUCGAAUUCCUUGGGUCAGUCACCACCAAGAUUUGGCACUCCUCCUCUCCGACCAUUGUCUCCUACCACAGCCGGACAACAAGUGGACUCUCAAGCGGCUGCUGCUGGGCCUUCAGGCUCACAGAGCAAUUAUGGCUCCUUCGAUACACGCGCAAGAUCAAUCCAAGGAACGUCGGGGUGGGAAGGGCAAAGCACAUAUGAGGACCCCGAGAUUGUACGAAGACACUUGGUUCAGCCAUCAGAAACGGAGCAAGUGCCGGCAGGAGGUCUAGCAGACGGUGGUAUAUUUGGUCAACCCAUGUCCUUUAAAGCCGGGUCCCCUGCUUUCAGAGCUAAACAAGCGAGUGAUUCGAUAGCCCCCGGGCUUGAUGACGACGAAUUCUCAAGUUUGAGAUUACAAGGAGGAGAUGUUACACGACCUAUAUACAGAUGGACGGAGGGGGCACAGGCCAAAGCACAGGGUCGAGGGAGAAGUAUGAGUUUCGUUCUUGCUCGUCCUCACCCCGAAGAUGAUACACUAGAUAUCGAUUCCAUAAAAAUACCUGGUGGGUUCCGACGAAAUUUCCUAAGAAGAGCUGCAGGAAGCCCAACUCCUGGGGUAGACUACGAUGCGGAGGAAGGCGUUGGAGGGCCAUCAACACGAAGACAGGGCCCAAAAUUACUGACCAACAACUUUAUCGAAUUCUUGACGUUAUACGGACAUUUCGCAGGUGAGGAGUUGGAAGAGGAUGACGAAGUACUCGAACCAGAUGAGUACUUUUCCUCGGACGCUUAUGAUGGUACCCGGUCCGACAGCGAUGAUGACAGAGAGCCGAUGGAGAAUAGCGCGCUGCUUACUCCUGGUCGAAGAAAGAGAAAGCGUAAGGAUCGUUCUCCACCUGGAAACAAUACUCCCAUGGGAGCCUUCCUACUUCUACUCAAAUCCUUUGUUGGAACUGGAGUUUUAUUCUUGCCCAAGGCAUAUCUCAAUGGAGGUAUGCUAUUUAGUAAUUUGGUAUUACUGUUCGUGGCCCUAUUGAGUUAUUAUUGCUUUGUCCUAUUGGUCAAUACUCGCUUGGUAGUCGAUGGUUCUUUUGGAGAUAUUGGUGGCACUCUCUAUGGCAGAUGGAUGAGAAACACGAUUCUUGCCUCCAUUGUCAUCAGUCAGAUUGGAUUUGUGGCAGCUUAUAUUGUUUUUACGUCUGAAAAUCUGCAAGCGUUCGUUUUGGCUGUCUCAAAUUGCAAAACUCAUAUCGACAUUCAAUGGUUGAUCUUGAUGCAGAUGGCAAUCUUCUUACCAUUCUCAUUGCUCCGGGAUAUUAGCAAACUUGGUUUCACGGCUCUUAUUGCCGAUGCCUUCAUCUUGAUUGGUUUGGCCUAUCUCUAUUACUACGAUAUAUUCACCAUGGUCAAACAAGGUGGAAUGGCCGAUAUCGUCCGCUUCAAUCCUCAAGAUUGGACACUUUUUAUUGGCACAGCCAUCUUUACCUUUGAGGGAAUCGGUCUCAUCAUUCCUAUUCAGGAAUCAAUGAAGAAUCCCAAAAAGUUUCCAAAGGUGCUUGGUAUUGUCAUGAUUCUUAUCACCUUCGUCUUCAUCUCGAUGGGCGCCUUAUCAUAUGCCGCUUACGGUUCCAAAACUGAGACGGUCGUCAUUUUGAACAUGCCACAAGACUCCAAAUUUGUCAAUGGUGUCCAGUUCCUCUAUUCGGUUGCCAUUCUUCUCUCGACGCCCCUUCAAAUCUUCCCCGCCAUCAGAAUUACAGAAAACGAACUCUUUACACGAAGUGGGAAAUACAAUCCAUAUAUCAAAUGGCAAAAGAACGUCUUUCGAUUCUUCGUCGUUAUGCUUUGUGCUGCAAUUGCUUGGGUGGGCGCUAAUGAUUUGGAUAAAUUCGUGUCUAUUGUUGGUAGUUUUGCUUGUGUGCCGCUUGUGUAUAUUUACCCUGUAUGUUCAUCUUCCUCUCUCCCCUUUCCCGUCUUCCUUGGACGAUUACUAAUUGUAACCAGCCUAUGCUCCACAUGCGCGGCGUGGCCAAGAACAAUUUCCGCAAGGGCUGCGACGUCUUGCUUUGCGUCUUCGGAUUCGUUGUUAUGGCCUACACCACGGCUCUCACUUUGAAGAGUUGGGCAGGGGGAGACUCGGCGCCUCAACUUCCUAGUUAUUGUGAUAAGAAGCGGGCUGGACUUCUAUAGUUAUUGUUCCCAUUCUGGACGAGAUGUGGGGAUUGAAUAGAUGUGAUGGAUAGAUGGGAUGGCAUGGGAAUUUCCCGGAAGGGUUCCCUUGGGUUGUCAAUGAGAUUGUUUUUUGGUCAGGGUUCCUCGAUGUUCGUGACCCUUCUUUGUAGAGUGCCUUGGGCUCUCUUUCCUGUGUGUGUGUGUUGUUGUUGUUGUUUUUUCUUGAUUAAGCAUGAGCAGGCAUAGGCAUAGCGGGUUCCUCUUUUUUGCGUAAUCGGAGAUACACUUUUCUUGUUUUUGUGUGCUUGUUUCCUUCCCUUUUUUUCGUUUGUUUAUAGGAUAUAGGAUAUAAGAUAUAGUAUAGGAUGGGGGAUUCGAUGGCAUGGUAUGGUAUAGGAUAGGUGAGAUGGCAUGAUAGGGCAUGGUAUGGUAUAGAUUGGGUAUCUCUUUUGAGAGAUGAGCUGAGCUGAGCUGAGAUGGGAAAGGGGGGGUUAGGGGAAGGUAUAUUUUGUGGGGACUUGAUUGAUGGUGAGGAUGGGG